AUGUCCAGCAAGAACCAAGUACAUCCCGGCCACAUUGAAUCUGUCUCUGAUAGACUUGGAUCGGAUCAUGACAUUCAACAAUUACUGCAACAACAUGAAACUGAAGAAACCAAACAAUCCUUUCAUGGUCGUGCUGCUCGUUCUCAACGCAACAAGCACUUACAGGGAUGUAUUUCUUUAAGAACGUUUGUCGUCAUAGCCAUCAUUUCUCUCAUUCUCUUGUGUUCCAUCAUGGUCUAUCUUUCAGUUUUCAUUGGCAUGUUUAUUUCCAUUGAGGAACUCUCUCGCAAAGUAGUCUCCAAUGUUGAAGAUAAAAUUGUCCUUUAUAUCUCCCAAAUGUUGGACAAGUUGAAAAUGGUGAGCAAUAUUGGCGCGGAUCUCUACAAUUACGGUCUACUAGACAAGACGCAAAUGAGAGAUUAUAUCUUUCGUCAAUACAAUAAUUCUGAAAUUUUGACUGGUUACUUUUUUGCAACCCCUACUGAACGAUAUGCUGUGAUUGAACUGUUUGGAUCACUCUAUUACACUUCUCAAAUACCUCCAUUUAGGGGAAUGAUUCGAGACAAGGUCAAUGGAGAUGGUUCUGUUGUGGCAUAUAAUUAUUCUGUUGAUCCCACUCCCGCUGAAGUCAUUCAACAAGGCUUUUACAACUCUACCAUCAAGGCGGCAGCCAAGAUGGGUUCCAAGGGGGCCUUCGGAAGUAUCUAUUACAUUAUUAACGGAAGUUUAGCUUUACCCUAUGGAUCCAUGUUGUAUGAUCCCGUAAAAUUCAAACAAGGUAUCGUCUCAGGCGUGAAAGGAAUUUAUAGAUGCACAGUUCCCUUAAUCGUAUUGUCGAAUUUUUUACAACGAAUUCGUGUGUUUGAACGUGGCUAUGUGUUGGUCACUGAAUUUAACUCGACACAGAGUGUGGCAGGAAGUAUCAACACGACCACGUACGAUAUGAAAAGUACACUGAGUAUUUUCGAUAUCACGGAUCGAAAUGCGGGUGCAUUGAUGAAAAAGAUCUAUUCCACCUACUCGGCUGAUAAAUUACCUUCAAAUUUGAGGAUGGAGAGUCUUGGAGUUAAUUACAUGAUUACAACUCGUACCUUUACAAUAGAUAAUUUAAAUUGGAAGCUCUAUAUUGUGGUCUAUGAAGAGGAUGUCACUCUCACGACAACCAUAAGUAUUGCAGCUUCUGUGGGGGCCAUGUUGGUUAUUACAUGUUUGGCGCUAGUGUUUGGUCUCUAUCUGAGUCAUGCCAUUACCAAACCUAUUUCUUUUUUGAGGCAACAAUUUGAAUUGAUCAAGUACAUGAAUUUAGAUGGAAUUCACAUGCCAGGUUCUAUGUUUUCAGAAAUUAGUCAAAUAUACUCCAAUCUUGAUAACACUGUGGAUUGGUUGCGAGAAAUCAAAUCAUUUGUUCCUGAAAACGUUUUUUACCAACUGCAACGUUUAGAUUCAUUCCACGAAAAUCCUCCUAAUCCAAGUUCAGAAGAUUCCAAGACGGAUAACAAGGCAGGUUCCAAUGAAGAAAACCUCUCUAGCCCCAAUUCGAAUCGAGAAUUACUCACUCGUCCCAGUGCAAGCUCCGCCUCUGAAGCCAUGGGACACGAGUCCAGAAAGAGUGAUGACUUGGCGAGGGGAGGAGGAAUUUUCAAAAUGGGACUCACUUCCAAGGAGUGUAGUGUGUUAUACAUUACGUUACCUCAAUACUUGUUGCAAUAUUCUCAGGACGAAAUUGGUCACUCGUUCCCUAAAAUUAUUACUGCUCUAAGCUCUAUUUCCAAAAUAUUCAAUGGUAAUCUUCAAAUCGUAUCUAAUUCAGAAUAUCAGAUUGUGAUUGAAAGCAAACGAAAAUCACAAAAACCUGUCACAUGCCUCGCUCAAGAAUGUGCCUUGAAAAUAGAAAAGGGACUUGGUAUUGUGAAUACAUUCUUGGCACAAAACAACAUGCAACCCAUUUCAUAUUGUAUUGGAGUUGCCACAAGUUCUUCUCUUGUUGGAAAUUUGGGAACUAAUGCAAUUCGAUUUUUCUCAUGUAUUUCUCAAGCUUGUGAAAGUGCCAAGAAUUUGUGUUUCAUUGCCAAUCAAUUGAAACUCAAUGUUUUGAUUGAUGAAAGAACUCAAAGUGAAUGCAAAAAUAAGUUUGUCGCACGACCGGUAGAUCGAAUUCUUGUUGAAAAGUGUGUGCAUUCGUCUGCUGCAAAUAACUCUCCUGCUAUUUCGACCAUAUAUCAUCUCAUUAAGGAAAGUGCUGUCGAAAGUGAUGAGUGGCUCUAUGAGCUUCAGGCCAAAAACGAAAAUGAGUGUUGCAACGAUCUUCAUCGAGUGUUUGAUAUUUUCAAGUCCAAUAUUUCACAGCAGGAGUUUGAAGAUGCAUUGUCUUGUGCUACCAUGAAAUUGGAAAACUAUCUCACCAAGAACCCUACUGAUGUGGCCUCACAAAAACUAUUGAGUUUGCUGGGUAGAUUGUCCUCUGUGGAGAAGGCACAGUCGUACCACUCUAAGGUGAAUCACAGUGUGGUUCAAGUGUCCUUGUAG